AUGUCUAAUAACAUCAUAUUUUUAAAGAAUAAAACCACCCCAUUAGAUAAAUACGAGGUUGAAUCGAAGGAUAAUAAAUAUUCAGAUGUUCAAUUCUUGCCUUUAAUUGCACAUACACAUCAUCCAGUGGAGGCCCUACACCUUUUAAAAGACAAUAAUUAUAUAAGUAAUUUAAGAUACUUAAUAGUUACCUCGCAGAGAACUGUAGAAUGUUUAAAUGAAAGUAUCAUUCCAACGUUGACUAAGGAACAAAGAGAAAAGUUAUUAGAUCUAUCAGUAUAUACUGUAGGCCCUGCGACGGGUGAUUUUUUGAGAAGAGUAGGGUUUCGUAAUGUGAAAGGUGAUGAUAUGGGGAACGGGGAUAAACUCUCUGACUUUAUUAUCAAAGAUAUUGGAGAUAACUACGAUGGAGAAAUCUUGUCCUUCGUUGGUGCUAUCCGCAGAGAUAUUAUUAAGAACAAGUUAAAACAGAGAGGUCUUUCUGUGAAGGAAGUAGUUACCUAUGAGACUAAUGUUCUAAACGAUAAUCUAGACAGAUUUCAAAAUACAUUAGUAGAUAUAGCCGAUAAGGAAGAGUGUGACGGUAAAUCGUGUUGUUGGGUGGUUAUCUUUAGUCCUCAAGGUGCUAAAGAUAUUAUUAAAUUUUUGAAGCAAAAUCCAAGUAUUAAGGAUAAAUUAGAUUUAAGAAUAUCAUGUAUCGGUCCAACAACAAACGAUUAUUUGUUAGACAACGGUAUUAAUCCAGAAGUUGUUAGUCCUCAACCUACACCAGAUUCUUUAUUAGAUGCUAUAGAUGGUUUCCAAAAAUCAAUGGUAACUACAGUUAAACACUAG